AUGUCUAACGGCGCUGGAGGACGACGCGAUGGCGAGACGACGGCGUUGACUGCGACAGGCGCCGCAGUUGCUGCAAUACAUAAGAAUAGCCCCUCCAAUCGCUUCGUAAAGCGAUACCGGACCGAAAUCGCCGCCAGCUCGUCCAGCGUAUUCUCUACCCUCGCCGCUUUCCCCCUCGACAGCGUAAAGACGCGCAUGCAAACCUACCACUACAAAGGGUUCCUUGACUGCGUUCGCCAGACUUAUCAUGCAGAGAAGCUUGGCGGCUUCUUUCGAGGCGUCACAGCCCCGAUGGCAAGCAUUACACUUGUUCGAACCGUCUCUUUUUCGAUCUAUCAACGUGCAAAAUACUCAUACUCAGGUUGGGUGAAGCGCAAUUUUGGCUUCGAUAUCAUUGGUCAUGUCAAUCGCCACGGCACAUACCCGAAUCUUUACUCUGUUGCGUGCUUUGGUGCAGCUGGCGCAACCGCUGGCUCUGUCAUAACAUUUCUCGCCUGCCCGUUCGAACUCACCAAGCUCAGUGCGCAAGUCUCCGUUCUGCUUGCCGAACGUGGUGCUAGUAAAGGCAGUCACGCCGUGGCAGCCAGUUACCAGAAUAAGGGUACUUUGCGGACGAUGGCCAAUAUCAUCAAACAUCGGGGCAUUUUUGGGCUAUAUACCGGUCUCAGGCUUCAUCUCCUUCGCGAUACAUUAGGCACGGCCAUUUAUUUCAUGGUAUAUGAAAGUGGGAAACAGAUCGGAAAUACUUUGGCCGGCGAUCAUCCCAACAGUAACAAGGUAGCUGUUGUCGCCGCUGGAGGCAUGUGUGGCUUGGUUUCUUGGGCGAUGAUUUACCCCAUCGACUCGGCCAAGAGCAUCUAUCAACGAAAUUCGUUACUCUAUUCAAAGGGCGAAAAGGUCGAACCCGCCCCCAAGAUCGAAUUCUUCAAGCGCCAUAUGUAUCGCGGCCUUGGUGUUUCUAUGAGCCGCUCGUGCGUCGUUAAUGCCAUCUUCUUCUCGUCAUUCGAGUUUGUAAAGAAGCAUAUUCAUCAGAUGGACGACGAGAACCGGAGCUGA